AUGGCAGAAUUCCGGGCAAUAGGGAGUUUUGAGAAUCUGAGUCUCGAGCGACGAGGCUGUGUUUUCAUGAUCACCAUGGAGCUCGGUGCUGAGAAUCGAUUGACGGCCAAGUUCUGCCAGGAGCUGAUUCGUGCCUUCAAUACUGUGCGUCAAACGCUUGGCAAGAACUCAGCAGGCGCAGUUAUUACUAGAGGGAACAACGCAAAAUUCUUUUGCACAGGUCUCGACCUGGAUGAGGCCGAACAAAACCCUCAUGCUACCACUGAGGGCUUUUACCCUCUAUUGCAUACCAUCCUGGACUUCCCGUUUCCAACCAUCGCACUUCUUACCGGCCAUACCUUUGGUGGCGGUUGCCCUGUAGCAUUUGCCCACGACUACCGUGUAAUGAAUUCCGAACGAGGGUUCAUUUCGAUGCCUCCCGUGGACCUAGGAAUGUAUUUCCCCGGUGUCGGAGUCCUUCCCCGGUUAAAGCUGCGCCCACAGAUUGCGCGAAAGGUACUGCUUGAGGGUCAUCGCUUCACUGGCGAAGAGGCCUUGCGGGAUGGCCUGGUCGAUUUCAUUGCCCAACCAGAUGACAUGCUGGCGGUCGCUUCCGAACUGGCAGCCAAGUGGGCGCCAAAGGCCAAAGCCGGAGUAUAUGCGCUUCUCCGAUCGGAACUUAACGGCGAGAUGACCAGGGCUGUGCAGCAGAUCAGCCAUGUUUACGGUCGGUCUACGUUUCUUCCUGGCAAGACAAAAUUAUGA